CUCACAGACACAAUAAAGUUUAGAGCCGGACGCGUAGCAGCGGUAGAGGCGCAAACACACCGCAGCGCCGCACACCCACGUCCCUGCGCCGCGCGGCUCCACACGGAGUUACUAACGGGGAACAACACACCAAGGGCCGCGGGACGUAUCCAGAUGUUUUGUUUACGCGGCGUCGCUUUAACUGAAAACACGCGACUUUUGGUUUUACGCACGGACCUCGCAGUGUCCCCCUGCAGUUUGUCUGGGAUGUUUUUAACCUGUUGAAGUGGAUAUCCUCCAAAACAAACGCACGGACCUACACACGCGCGAGCUUGGACUGUAAACACGCGCCGCGGUUUCCAGGGAGACUUAACACAACUUUGUGCGUGUGAGGAAAUAUUCCAACAUCCCCCCCCGCCCCUGAGGGACAGCCACUCGCUCCAGAGGGUCGCGGUGCGCACAGCCACACCAUGCCCGGGACGAUGGUGUCGCUCGCCGGGGCUGCCCUCCUCCUCCUCCGGCUGCUGCUGCUGGCCGCCCCGCUCGGCGUGGUGCGGGCUUUCGGCGACGAGGUGGAGGAGAUGACCUGCGACCCGAUCCGCAUCAGCAUGUGCCAGGGGCUCGGGUACAACGUCACCAAGAUGCCCAACUUGGUCGGCAACGUGCUGCAGUCGGACGCCGAGCUGCAGCUGACCACGUUCACCCCGCUCAUACAGUACGGCUGCUCCAGCCAACUCAAGUUCUUCCUUUGCUCAGUCUAUGUGCCAAUGUGCACAGACAAGGUGCCCAUCCCCAUUGGUCCGUGUGGUAGCAUGUGUCUGUCUGUCAAGAGGAAAUGUCUCCCCGUGCUCCACGAGUUUGGCUUCAUAUGGCCCGAGGUGCUCAACUGCAGCCUCUUCCCACCUCAAAACGACCACAACCACAUGUGUAUGGAGGGCCCGGGUGACGAGGACUCCCCCUACCCGCCGGUACGCCACCCUCCCCACCAGGAGGAGUGCCAGGCGCUGGGAACUGCGCCGGACCAGUACACCUGGCUGAAACAGACGGAGAGCUGCACCCUCCAGUGCGGCUACGACAGCGGCCUCUACCGACGAGGCGCAAAAGUCUUCACGGACGCGUGGAUGGCGGUGUGGGCCGUGCUGUGCUUCCUCUCCACCACUCUGACGGUCCUGACCUUUCUGUUGGAUUCACAGCGUUUCUCCUACCCCGAGCGGCCCAUCAUCUUCCUGUCCAUGUGCUGUAAUCUGUACAGUGUUGCAUAUUUGGUACGUUUAAUUCUGGGGAGGGAACGUGUUUCCUGUGACCUGGACACCACAGCAAUGCCCAUUCUAGUACAGGAAGGGUUAAAGAGCACCGGCUGUGCCAUUGUCUUCCUCCUCCUCUACUUCUUCGGCAUGGCCUCCUCACUCUGGUGGGUGAUCCUGACGCUCACCUGGUUCUUGGCUGCUGGACUGAAGUGGGGCCACGAGGCUAUUGAGAUGCACAGCUCCUACUUCCACAUAGCAGCGUGGGCCAUCCCAGCCGUCAAAACCAUCGUCAUCCUCAUAAUGAGACUGGUGGAUGCAGACGACCUGACCGGACUCUGCUAUGUCGGCAACCAGCAGCAGGAGGCGCUCACAGGCUUUGUGGUGGCUCCCCUGGCCUCAUACCUUCUCAUAGGUACUCUGUUUAUCUGUGCCGGCCUGGUGGCUCUAUUCAAGAUCCGCUCCAACCUGCAGAAGGACGGCGCCAAAACAGACAAGCUGGAGCGUUUAAUGGUGAAGAUCGGAGUGUUUUCUGUUCUCUACACGGUCCCAGCGUCCACCGUCAUUGGCUGCUACCUCUACCAGCUGUCUCACUGGGAGGACUUCAGGGCCAACACCAGGGAUUCAUAUGUGGCAUCAGAGAUGCUGCGAAUCUUCAUGUCGCUGCUCGUAGGAAUCACGUCGGGUAUGUGGAUCUGGUCGGCAAAGACCAUCCACACCUGGCAACGCUGCACCACCCGCCUGCUCAGGGACAGCAGGGCACGCCGAGCGGGCAAGCGGGCGCCGGGGGAGGGCUGGAUCAAACCGGGGAAAGGGAACGAGACGGUGGUGUGAGGGGACAGAAGGAGAGAACGGACAGGGAUCGUCAACCUGCUUCUCUCUCACUGACAAAAACUUUCUCUGUCUGUCCUAAUGAAGGAUGGAGAUGUCAGAGAAUCGAGAGAGCCACUGGAUGUUAUGGCAUCAGAUAAAAAGAUCGCCAAGAGUCCGUAAGCACGUCUCACCCCCUUCUAACUCCCUCUGGAGUCAAGAAGGAUUAAAGAGGAGGACUGCUACACACACAAGUAGCAGCAGUAGCCUCUCUACCUCUGUUAGCCUUCCUUUGGCCAGAGGGAUGGAGAAAAGCAAAAAAACAGUGGAGGGAGAAAGAGAGACGGAAAAGGCAGAAGAGAAGAAUAUGCAAAACGGACUCAUGGAUAAGCUGCGUGGCACCAUGUCUACCUCUGUCUCUCUUUCCUCCAGAGCUGUCAGCAGAAGAGACUGAACCUGCUGGAAACAGUACACCCUUAUGUCACUGUGUGUUUUUAGGGUCUGCAAUGUUUGAAAUUUUACACUGGAGGGUCCUGGUGCAGAUAUUAUACAGAUGGAGGCGGAUGUUUGCCUCGAAAGCCCCUUCCACGAUGCGAAUAUUGAAAAGGACAAUUAAACACCAGAGCAAAAGCAAAGAAAAUCUGUACAUUGGAACAAUAUUCUACAGGUUUGCAAUUUAUACCUUUUUGUACAAUACAAAAUAACAGGUAUUAUUGCUCUGAAGAUCUUUGGGAAACCAGCUCUAAGCUGUAAUAAUGCACUAUAAUUAUAUACAAUAUGUGAAGUGUCUCAAGUGCAUUAACCGGGACAAAUAACAAAUCAUCAUCAAGUGUAUUCAAAUGCACAGAGCCAUUAACAGGGGGAAAAUCUGUUUAUUAUUUACUACACAAAAAAUGACGUGGUUUAUUGUUCAAACGUGUACAAAUAAUUCAUUUAUCACUUUUCUUACAAAUACUAUGAAGGCAAAGGCAGUUUUCUUUUCUCUGUCUUGUACAUUUAAGGUAAAGUCUGUGCUAGAUAUGAAGUCAUACUGCAAUGAAUCCUGGGAGGACCCCAGCUGUGCCUUUUUAUAUUGACCCAUAAAUGUGGAAGCGUCUGGGAGAUGUAGGCCCGUGCGACCUCAGCACUCUGUGAGAAGUUCAGCUAACUUCCAGUGAUGUGUGUGUGUGUGCAGACUUCCUGGAAACGCUGCACCAUGUACAGGAAGCGCCGGCAAAUUACCAUGAAAUCCAGGAAAUGAAAUUAUUCCCUCUGCCCCCCCCCCCCUUUUUCCAAAGAUCGGAUCUGACGCAGGUUAAAGAAUUAAGAGGUUAUCAGACAAUCGCUCGCCAAAAGACACAUUGUGAAGUAGGAUAGAGCCGUCGCAGACACAUGCAGGUAGACACACGGGGAUCAGUUCCCACGGAUCUCGUCCAACAGCUCGUUUAAGACCGAGUUAUGAUCACUAUCACUGUCAAAUGUUGGCCGUCUGCUUUUCUUCUCAGUCGGGUUCGUGUUUUUUUUCUUUUCAAUCACUUCAGUUCACAAUGAAUCUGGCACCGUCUGUUCUGCUUGUAUAUCUGGAGCUGUGUCUCAAUUCAAGGGCUGCAUCCUUCAGAGGACGCCUGGCCGGCACAUGAAGACUGCCUCCUUCGCGGUUAACCCUAACCCAGCCAUCGCAGAAGCUGAACCGAAAUGAGACGGCCUGGUCUACGGUGAACGGUGGUCCGUGGCAUUAGCUCAUCUCACAUUUGUUGGACACGAGGAAAAUGAUUUAAUGCCCCUUGUUUUGUUUCGUUAUUUACACGUGUGCCACUGUUCAUUACUGUGACACAACACAGUCCUUUAAAUUCUGCCUCCGAAUGACGCAGGCAUUGGAUUGAGACACAGCUUGUAUGUGUGUCUAAUGCACUCGUUUCUCUUUAACUUUGUCUUCUGCGUCGUGGUUCAUUUCCCAGACAAUCAAGUCAUCCCUGUAAACGAUUAUUGUUCAUUACAGUUCAGAAUUUCUAGCCGUGCAUUUACUCCACUUUAAGCUUACAGUUCUUCUCACUAUCUGUAAACCUAAGUUACAAUAAGUGGGCUCCUCGUGUCUCGCUGCUGCCUUCGCCAAACUCGGACUGCUCCUGUGUGCCGUAUAUUUGCCUGACAAUCUAUAAAGCAAAGCUCUUGUAUUUCAGUGAGGCUUUGAAUGUAAACUGUGUGGCGUGUGUGUCACAUUACGCCUCGUACAUCUGAGUUAAAAAAAAAGGUUUCUGGGUAAUUUUUAUGUAUAAGGGCUUGAAUAAUUUGGAGCUUUGCCUUCUUGCGUCUCAUCUGAAACCACUUAGUGCCUCAAACAGCCUGUCAUGGGUUUUUUUAUAAGCAAAAAUAUUCAGAACGACACAGAAAAUGAAUUUUCCUCAAAUAUUUUAAAUGUAACUUCACCCUUAUUGCAUUCAAAGAGAGUUUUGGGUGGUUCUGGUGAAACCUAGAACCCCCGCAUUUUUCUCAAACCAGCGUACCUUGGCACAUAUUAAGUUCCCAAAGUCAAACAAACAUGACAUGGAGUUUGCGUGAAUUAAAUUAACCUCUGUCGACCUGCCCUCUGAGCUAAUGCAGUUUCCCUCUGAAACCGUCUUAAUGUUUUGGCAGUCUCCUCUGGUAUGAUCGCACCGAGCUUCAGGUGACGUUUCCCAAACAAUCGCUGCUCAGUUGUGCCUUGAAGAGCGGCGAGCGUGCGUCCACAGCCCAACGAAGACGGAGAACCACUGGUAAUUCAGAAUGUGUAAAUGUGCUUUUGAGAAGCCCGCAUAUGGAUCAGUGUUGGGGUCACCGGUGCUGAUCGAAAAGCCUUUAAGGUCUGGAGACUGUUCGUUAGUGUAGAAAACUCAAUGUCUUGAUGAAGUUGUGAAAGAAAUUGUUAAUUUAUCCUCAUAAGAAAUGGCAAAACAUUUGUUUAUUAUUUAAAAAAAAUACACUUUUGUAUCAGAAGAUGAAUAAAAGCUUUUGGUUUCCAACUUG